UUGUACAAAAUUAGGGCACACUUUGCACUUUAUACUGACCGAUUUCUUAGCCAUCGAAGAUGAGGAGAAUUUCUCUCAAUGGUAUUAAUCCCUUUAUCUCUACUUUUCAUUCUUGUUCGGCAAUUUCAACUAGACCUUAUUCUUCUUGCCAUAGUAUUACAUCUAUAUCAGCAAAGGGUAAACAUGGGUUAAAUAGUAAGAUUGAGAACUUCAAAUGUUUAGAUGAUGCUCUUACUUUCUUCCAUCAAAUGGUUAGAAAGCAGCCUCUUCCUUCUGUUCCCGUCUUCUGUAAAUUAUUUAAGACUAUGCUAAGUAUGAAGCAUUACUCUGCUGUUGUUUCUCUUUUUCGAGAAAUGCAGAAAUUGGGCAUCCCAAUUGAUGAAUUCAUCUUGAAUAUCAUGAUUAACAAUUAUUGCCUGAUGCAUCGAGCUGAUUGUGCAUUUUCGGUGUUACCCAUUUACUUGAAGAUUGGCAUUCCGUAUAACGUUGUCACCUUUAACACCCUAUUAAGGGGAAUCUUUGCUGAAAAUAAGGUUAAAGAUGCAGUUGAAUUGUUCAAAAAAUUGGUGAGAGAGAAGAUUUGUGAGCCCGACGAAGUCAUUUAUGCAACCGUAAUGAAUGGUCUUAGCAAAACGGGCCAUACCCAAAAGACUUUAAGUUUGCUCAGGUUAAUGGAAAAAGGGAAUACUAAACCCAGAAUAGAUAACUACAACAUUGUUAUAGAUGCGCUUUGCAAAGACAGAAACUUAGAUGCUGCUAUCAACCUUCUAAACGAAAUGAAGCAGAAAGGCAUUCCUCCAGACAUAGUCACAUACAAUUCAAUAAUUGAUGGUUUGUGUAAGUUCAGUCAAUGGGAAAAGGUUAAGACUUUGUUCUCUGAGAUGGUGAACUUUAAUAUUUAUCCAGAUGUGCGCACCUUCAACAUGGUGAUUGACGGACUAUGCAAAGAAGGGAAAGUUGAAGAUGCUAAGGAAGUGAUGAAAUACAUGAUCGGAAAAGGUGUAGAGCCUAAUAUAGUCACCUACAGUGCGAUAAUGGAUGGAUAUUGUUUGCGUGGUCAAUUGGAUAGAGCGAGGAGAGUUUUUGAUUUCAUGAUAGAUAAGAACAUUGAACCUAACAUUAUCAGCUAUAGCAUACUAAUAAAUGGAUAUUGUAGGAAAAAGAAACCGGCCGAGGCCAUGCAAUUGUUUUGUGAAAUUUCUCAAAAGGGAUCGAAACCUAAUAUAGUUGUCUACAAUACUAUCUUGCAAGGUCUAUUUGAAGUUCGAAGAAUAGGGGAUGCAAAAAAGUUUUUUGAUGAGAUGCUAUCUAUAGGGCCCACACCCAAUUUAAUCACUUAUGGCGCUUUGCUCAAUGGUUAUUUUAAGAACGGACUUGUUGAAGAAGCUAUGUCACUCUUUCAUAAGUUGGAACGAAGGAGAGAAAAUAAUAACACUAUAUUUUACAAUAUUAUCAUUAGUGGUUUGUGCAAAAAUGGUAAAUUUGACGAAGCUCGUGCUAUUUUUGAGAAGCUUUCUUCAAUUGGAUUGCUUCCGGAUGUGAGAUUAUACACUGUAAUGAUAAAUGGAUUUUGUCUUGAAGGGUUGUUAGAUGAAGCUAAAGACAUGCUAAGAAGAAUGGAAGACAACAGUUGUUUUCCAAACAAUGUCACUUACAAUGUUAUUGUGCAAGGAUUUCUGAGGUGGUGCAAAAUUAGUGAAAUGGCAUCUUUCAUGAAGGAAAUGGAUGGAAGGGGCUUCUCAUUUGAUGCAACUACAGCUGAGUUUUUGGUAGACGUUAUAAGGAAGAAUCCUUCUGUCCUUGACAUGAUACCAGAGCUUCACUUGAAAAAUAAGAAGUGAAUAUUUCUUUCACUUGGUUUGUUCGGCUAUGCUAUCACUGUGAUACAAUUUCAUUUUUAUCCUUGCAAAAGAAAUGGCAUUCAAUGCAAUUGCAGAAGCUGGUGGCAAUUAGAACGUUGCUUGAGCUUUCUAGGCAGGCCUAUUGAGGAGGUUGCUGCAGGGCAAUUUGCUAGUACUGGAAUGGUUGUACUGAGUUAAGUUCAGAAAAUUUCUGAAAAGUUUUAAGAGUCUGAGUCAUUAGUUUCUUAACGACUGCAUAUGUGCAACUACAUGUCUAGAGAUGUUACAACAAGCUUUGGUUACGAUUACAUCCUUCAGCAGUGUUGUCUCAGAGGGAAGAUUGAUUCCAAUGGAUGUGCUGCUGCUUUCUUGGAAGAGCGCUUGAACAGGGGUCUUAAUUUCCUUCUUUCAGCAGGUAGGUGGCAUAUGGACUUUUUAAUCUUGUCGUAGCUCCUUCACAAAACACAUGUUCCCACUCGCCUUUCCUUCUGAGUUGAGGUCUUCACAGAGGAUACACUUGUUGCGGACUAUCUUGGUAAAUUGUAUUGGAGUCGAUCAUUUCUCUCUUGCCCAGCCAUUUGAAGCAUUUAACCUUGUAAGGGUCUGCGUUUCUUCAUAUCAUUUUCCUAGGCCAUAUACGGUAUUGCCUACUACUUUGGGAGAACACCGUGUAAUCUAAUUUUACCGGGAAAACGCCGAAUUUGUGUUCCUUCUAUUCGAUCUUGUCUGGUUCUGCUUGCAGCCCUUGACAUCCUCAAUCACUCGCAAAAAUUGGCUCAUUUCCUCCAUUUUGCAGUCAUUACACCCCUUUUUCAGAAGUACGUUCUAUCCUUGUGGAGACUAAUACACUUCUCCUGUUGUUGCACGGUGAUUAGUUGCAGAGCUGAAAAUCCUGGUAAAUUGCACUGAUGUUUCACUUGCCAGAUAACCGCAUCAGAGCACAUUCUUGUUGUUGAUCAGAUUGGUAUUAUAGGAGUGGUGUCUGUUGGAGAUGGUGUUCGUGUUCGUGUUCCUGUUUAGUGUUAGCAAUUGUUUAAGAUGACAGUUUCUUUUGAACAAACUAAAAGGUGUUUCAUCUUUGUUUUUAGGGAUUAAUUUUUUACUUUGUGGUUCUUUACAUUGUUUGAAAGAUUUAAAUCUAUUCCCACAGCAGGAAAUAAAAGAGUAAUUACAGUGCUCCUCGGAGUAUUUCAUUAUCUA